AUGCCUUGGGGUAUCGAUUCGCGAGGUACCGCCACCGUCAUCUUCAAAGCGCCGCACUUUUCACCAACACGCCAAGGCGGAGAGAUGCAACGGCCCCAUCGGUCGGAUAGAGAAAGGCCGAAACACCACUCGGCCGGACUGCACUCGGGAAGCCGUCACCGUAUCCCGAAUGGGGCAGACGGCCGUGAAAAGUGGGCGAUGAUGCAAGAAUGCGCCGUGCGCAACCUAGCGGCAUCCAAGGCGGAUCAGUGGAUCUCGCGACCCACAUCGGUGGAGCGACUCGAUCACCAUCCCCUGCUGCGUAUAGAAUGUGCGAAGCACAGAACUAUCGAGGCUCGAGGAGGCAUCCUUGCUCAGACCACGAACAGCCGACCCCGUGCUGGAUUGGCUCCGCGUUACCUUCUUUUUCUCCACGUUUGA